GACCCCUCGCAGUUAUAACGCCCCGCCCUUUCGGGAAUCCGAUCUACCCUACGGAGUUAGGCUGCUGAUGAGCGCCUGAGUCCACGGAGCGCGAAACCCCCCUUUCUUCUAGAUUCUGGGUGAUCAAGACGGUUUAAAUCCUCCACCUCGAGAGACGCUCUCCUCUCACUGAAGUCUUUCCGCUUCUUUAAUCCUUCUACCGCCGGAGACCGCGCCGGUAUCUUCGCCGCUGUUAGUCAGGCAGCCUGCCGGGCACUCCAGGCGCGGGGUCCUCACGGCCUUCUCCACCGCUUCAGCUUCGGUCGGGAGAGGACCCGGCGCCAAAGCCCUGACUCGCCAGCUGUCGGGAAAAUGAUCCACAGUCUCUUUCUCAUCAACUGUUCUGGUGACAUAUUCCUAGAGAAGCACUGGAAAAGUGUUGUGAGCCAGUCUGUCUGUGAUUAUUUCUUUGAAGCUCAGGAGAAAGCUGCUGAUGUUGAAAAUGUACCACCUGUCAUUUCAACACCUCACCACUACCUCAUCAGUAUCUACCGGGAUAAGCUCUUCUUUGUGUCUGUCAUACAGACAGAAGUGCCACCUCUCUUUGUAAUUGAAUUCCUGCACCGAGUUGCUGACACUUUCCAGGACUAUUUUGGCGAGUGUUCAGAGGCUGCAAUUAAGGACAAUGUGGUCAUAGUAUAUGAGCUCUUGGAAGAAAUGUUGGACAAUGGAUUCCCACUGGCUACUGAAUCUAACAUUUUAAAAGAACUCAUCAAACCACCAACAAUUCUACGUUCUGUUGUCAACUCUAUUACAGGCAGUAGUAAUGUAGGGGACACGCUUCCCACUGGGCAGCUGUCCAACAUCCCCUGGCGCCGGGCAGGAGUGAAGUAUACCAACAAUGAAGCCUAUUUUGAUGUUGUUGAAGAAAUAGAUGCAAUUAUAGAUAAAUCAGGAUCUACAGUCUUUGCAGAAAUUCAGGGGGUCAUUGAUGCUUGCAUUAAGCUAUCUGGAAUGCCUGAUCUCUCUCUCUCUUUCAUGAAUCCAAGGCUUCUGGAUGAUGUCAGCUUCCACCCCUGCAUCCGGUUCAAGCGGUGGGAAUCUGAAAGAGUUUUGUCAUUUAUUCCUCCAGAUGGAAAUUUCCGACUCAUUUCAUACCGUGUCAGCUCCCAAAAUCUAGUGGCAAUACCAGUGUAUGUGAAACACAGUAUCAGCUUUAAAGAGAACAGUUCUUGUGGCAGAUUUGAUAUAACGAUUGGACCAAAGCAGAAUAUGGGAAAAACUAUUGAAGGAAUUACAGUGACAGUUCACAUGCCAAAAGUUGUGCUAAAUAUGAACCUGACACCAACACAAGGCAGCUAUACAUUUGAUCCAGUCACCAAGGUACUAACAUGGGAUGUGGGGAAAAUUACUCCACAAAAGCUCCCCAGUCUUAAAGGACUGGUAAAUUUGCAGUCCGGAGCACCCAAACCAGAAGAGAAUCCAAGCCUCAACAUACAGUUCAAGAUCCAGCAGCUUGCUAUUUCAGGCUUGAAAGUAAACCGUUUGGACAUGUAUGGGGAGAAAUAUAAGCCAUUUAAAGGAGUCAAAUAUGUCACAAAAGCUGGAAAGUUCCAAGUGAGGACAUGAGAAGAGGCCAAAAUUCCUCAAGAUCAGUUUGUUUUCCAAGUGUCAUUACAGUUUGUUACUAUUAGGUACCAAGUGGGUGGGAAUACAUACUCUCCUUAAAGCUUUUAUGUCUAGCUACACACCACUAACGGAGGUUGCUUAGUAAUCUAUGUAGGGUUCUUAAAGAACUUUAAGCUAAGGAAACUUUUCUGAUGACUUAGCUUAUAUCUUUUCACUUAGGAAGAUUUUGGAGGUGAUUUCCUCCAAAGGGGUACCCGCUGGAUGCUGGAUGCUGUGAAGUAAAGGCAGAAGGCUACAGUGGUAACCUUUCUCCUAAAGCAAGUGAACUGGGCUCAUCCAGCAGGAACAGUCUUAAUCUGCAGUGUGUCAGGUGCAGCCAAAUGUCAUACCUUCUGCCCUUAGCCAUCCCAAACAGUAUCUGUCCUGACAGGAAAUUCCCCACCCCAAGAAGUUUACAGAAACUGCCUCUUCAAGUGUUUGCCUUAUUCAGCUUUUCACUUGUGCCAUUAAGCAAGCACUGUAGCAAGAGCCACCUCCAUAUGGCCCUGGCAGGGGGCACUGCUGCUCCAUGCUCCAUCCUCACUGUACUUAGUAUUAUAUUUUUUAUAAAUCAGAUUUUUAUGUAAAAGCUCAGAUUUUGAUUUACAAGGAACUUGCUGCAGUAAAUACCAUCUCAAGUUUGUGUCACCAGUUUAGCUGUUAGAUAGCACAGUAAAAAUCAUUUGUAUCAAAAGGGCAAAUGCUUUGUAAAGGUGAUAAAAGGGAACACUACUUCUGCCUUUAGGAAGUUAUUGCAAGCACAAGUGGUGUGCUUUUAAGCAAAUUAAAGUAGUAAAAGAGAAACGUUAGCCAUCUUCAUGUUUUGUAAUGCUUUAUCCAGCAUCACCAGUCAGCCUAACUGCCUCAUGCCCUUGUUCCACAAGAGGAGGAAACUGUAUCUGCCCCACUGUCAUGAGUUUUUUUUUAAAACUCUUUCUCUUUUUUGUUGUUAUUCUUAAAGGACGAAAUUUGCCUGCAUCCCUUUUUUUUUAGGGGGAACUCUGUUUCAUAUUGUGUGUGCAUAUCAAAACCGUAGUAAUAGAUUUCUUUCUGAAACUGUUGUCAAAACUCUAACUGCAGUACUUAAAUGUCUCCAUCCUGACAAGUACAUGGCAAAACAUUAGGUUAAGGCAGGAACAGAAUUCAUAGCAACAUUUAUAUCAUAUUGACCAUUAUGUUUGGAAAGUCAGCCUGUAUAGUAAAAUCAUUUCACUCAGUUCA